GAAAAUGGAUCACUGUUAAUAGAAACGUACGUGGACGCACGAAAAGUAGGACAAUAAAUAAAAUUAUAAAAAUGUGGUUGUGUGAACUCUGGUGUCAAAGUCUCCAUGCUCUCCACUCCAUGCUGUUUGGCAGAUACACAACAUCACAAUUAUUGGAGAAACUAGGAUAUUCUUCCCCUUCCUUAAAUCUCCUCUGUUCUCAUGUACAUCAAUGUGAGUGCAUGGGUAUAUUCACAAUAAGGACGUCCUUUUUCUUAUCCCGUCUGGCAGGUCCAACUUUUCAGCGGAUGGAAGUCAUGGAACACUUGUGGAUGCCUGACCGUAUUCUCGAGUCUUAAAGGUAGAAAACAUUUAUUUAUAUUCUUUUUGACUAUUUGGUGGGAUUGAUUAUAAAUAGAUCAGGCCCAGUUUUGCACCUCACAACUUUUUCUGUGGGUAUAAACAAGAAAAUUCGUAAAAUAUUUUAACUUCGAACACUUUUUUAAAAAGCAAGGUGCAACUAGAAAAUUAUAUGACCAAGAGGGACCUGCCACCACAUUGGCAUCUCCUGGUUGAGUAAAAAGAGAAAAUUAUACAGGAAUGUGUUUUUUUUAUUGGUUUCUGCCAUUUGAACAUCAAAUUAUGGACAUUUGAAGGACGAUCGAUUGAUUGUGCCGUUAAUGAUGUGGAUGAGUCAUCAUAUUGUCUUGUGGGAUUCCCACCGGCCACGUAGACGAAGGCUACUGACAAAUUGUGAUGUCCAAUCGUGAAGUGUUUAAGUUAACUGAGGCAAAAAUCGAUAGGAAAGCCUAGGUUGUUUUAACAAGGUUUUCCAUUUUCCGUAUUACCAUUGUCAUUGAAAAUGGUACCUGGUAGUUUUUUUGUUUGUUUUUUUCGUUUCCACUUCUCCUCCACAAAAGUAUUGAUCAUGAACGUUGCGCAAUAUAUAUAUUUUUUUAAAACGACCUUCACAUUGGAAAUUCCUAACCUUCCCCCUUAAUUUCCGUAGUGUGAUUUUUAUAGUAGCUUACUUCAUUUUCCUUUUCUUUGUCUGAAGGACUUUGUGAAAAGCCCAGAAAUCUGCUGAUGUAUUUGACCAUAGAUAAUGACCAUGAUUCUAGUCGCUUUCACAGUCGUCACCUUUUCUACACUUCAUCGAGUCUCUUGAUCGCAUUUCCAAUAUGGUCUAGAAAAUUAAAAAGGGCAAGGUUAAUCAAAAAAUAAAAUAUAAUCAUGUUUUUUGUACGCUGUGAGCUCAACCUUCCGGAAUUAAGUGAAACGCAAUUAAGACUAUUUUUGUUUGUGGUUUGAACUGAGUUGCCCUUGACCACUACUUCAAAACACCCAUUUAUAUUUUAAAUGCGAUGCCUAGAGUUUGAUUUAAAUAGUAGCAGACCAUGUUGAAUGUUAUUGAUACAGAAGCUUGCGAAGAUUUUUUCAAAGUGUUAACCGGUUCUCGAGAAAUUUACAGUUUUCUUAUUCUUCUUCUUGUUCUCAUUCCAGAAAUAAUUACACUCGUUAGAAACCGGGCAAUUUUCCAGAAAACAGGUCAUUAUUUCUUUGUCUGUUAAAAACAUCUCAAUUUUCUUACGAUAUCAGUUAGAAAAACAAAAGUGGUUCGUCAAUGGAAAGAAGAAUCGAUAUUCAGUGUUUUCUUCUUACGUAAACAGAGUCUGUAAAGACCCGCCUCUAUUUUUUGGCCGGUACACUCUGCUGUCGUUCAACCGCGUUCAACCACGUUCAACCACAACGGUUGCAAAUUUACGUAUCUCUAAUAAUUAUGGUCAAUGCAACAGUCUCUACAGCCCCAUAUGAGUUUGCUAUAAAAGCCCUGGAUUUCUUCACCAACAAACAGUAGCGAUCUACCUCGGUACGUGUGCAGAUAGUCGAUCCGUGUGAAAAUCUACCAACAAACAAAGUCAAAACUCAAGAGUCUAUCACCAAAUUCACCCGAAGAAUGGACAGCGCAGAAUUCCGUCAGCGCGGUCGAGAGAUGGUCGACUACAUCGUCGAGUACAUGGAGACGUUGGGUGAGCGACGUGUGACUCCUUCCGUUGAGCCAGGAUACCUUCGUGAAAUUAUCCCGAAGAAUGCACCCGAAGAGGGUGAAAAGUGGGAGGAGAUCAUGUCGGAUGUGGAGUCUAAAAUUAUGCCCGGCGUUGCACAUUGGCAGCACCCGCGGUUUCACGCUUACUUCCCAUCGGGUAAUUCGUUCCCGUCCAUUCUUGGUGACAUGCUUUCUGACGGCAUCGGGGCCAUUGGUUUCUCCUGGGCCGCCAGCCCCGCUUGCACUGAACUGGAAACGAUCGUUUUAGAUUGGCUAGGGCAAAUGAUCGGCCUUCCGGACGAAUUUUUAUCCUUUUCUGAUAACAGCAAAGGCGGCGGUGUCAUGCAGUCUUCGGCUAGUGAAUGUGUCUUGGUUAGUCUUUUGGCUGCCCGUGCCCAAAAAAUCAAAGAACUCAAAACAUUGCAUCCAUUCGUCGAAGAAGGGGUCCUGCUUUCAAAAUUGGUCGCUUAUUGUUCGAAGGAGGCUCAUUCAUGCGUUGAGAAAGCGGCAAUGAUUGCGUUCACGAAACUUCGUAUUCUUGACCCCGAUGAGAACUUGAGUUUGCGAGGAACUACUUUGGCUCAGGCAAUCGAAGAAGAUCGAGCGCUGGGGUUGAUUCCGUUCUUUGUUUCAGCCACAUUGGGAACCACUUCCUGCGUCUCAUUUGAUAACUUGGCAGAAAUCGGUCCGAUUGCUCAGGAGGCUGGAACAUGGCUUCAUGUCGAUGCAGCCUAUGCUGGUAAUGCGUUCAUCUGCCCUGAAUUCAAAUAUUUAAUGGACGGCAUUGAAUUUGCAAUGUCUUUCAAUACAAAUCCUAACAAAUGGUUGCUAACCAACUUUGACUGCUCUACUAUGUGGGUUCGUGAUCGCUUCAAGUUAACUCAAGCCAUGGUAGUUGAUCCACUUUAUUUGCAACACAGUCAUUCUGGAAAAGCUAUCGAUUAUAGGCACUGGGGUAUUCCUUUGAGUCGCCGCUUCCGCGCACUUAAACUAUGGUUUGUCAUCCGCAAUUACGGUGUAGCAGGAUUGCAAAACUAUAUUCGUGAGCAUUGCCGUCUGGCCAAAUGUUUUGAAUCACUUGUUAAAGACGACGAGCGCUUUGAAGUGUGUAACACUGUCAAGAUGGGAUUAGUGUGUUUUCGUGUGAAGGGUGACAAUGAACUGAAUCAGAAACUUUUGUUAAACAUCAAUGCCUCUGGUAAACUGCACAUGGUCCCGGCUUCCAUCCACGGCCGGUUUAUCAUUCGCUUCUGUGUCUGCGCACAAGAUGCCAAGGAUUCUGACAUUGAAUACGCGUGGAACGUGAUUACUGAUUUUGCGACAGAGUUGCUGAAUGAAGAGGUCAACCUAAGUAAAUCUGUAGUUUCUCUGGAUGGCCUGGAGAGCUGUGAUGAGGAGCUGGUUCAGCAUAUAGAUCAACUGGAAAUUUCAGAGCUGAUGGAUUUAAUGGAAACCGUACAAUUCCCUAUCCAAAAACCUCACAGAAAGCACGGUAGUUGGCUAAAACUACUUGGAACCAGAGUUAGAAAAAUUGUGAAGAAUGGUGAUUCUCAUUGAAUGUAAAUGUCUUUCAUUUUCGUCUGCAACGUGAAAACAAUUCCUAAUUUUUUCUCGCAUUCUUCUCAAAAUCGGUUGAAAAAGAUUAUCGUUACCGGACACAGCGUCAUGAUAUAUCAGGUGAUGGAACAAAUGGAAAUUUGGCAAUUAUUUCAUAUUCACAUAUUUUUGUUUUAAAAUCAUAUGAAAUAAAAUU